GCAUAUUUUGACAGUAAAAGUGUUAAACGAUGUCAGAUGUGUUGUCAGUUUAAAAAUUCCAAUUUCAAUCAAAAAUCAUCAGUGAUAUUUGCCCACAUCGUUUUGUUUUCUUUUGUUGUUCCUUAAAUUGUUAAAUUCAGCAGAGCGCCAACAUGUCUUGCCCCAAUCGAAUACCGAGGUCUAGCGGAAAUUGGAACACGAGCAUGAAUACAACAUUUGAUCCCAGUUCAGCAUCAACUCCUAGAGGUGCCAGUCCACAAAAUCCCAAUGAUUAUCAAAGCCCAAUUAAGCCACAACAAUUAUUUACUCCAAGAUCAAACGGUCCCCAUUCAACAACGCCCCAUGCAGGAUAUUAUAAUGAAUAUGCCCCUAACCAAUCGGUUCCUGAAUAUUACCAACCCCAAACGCAAAGAUCACCCACGCCUAAUCGCUCAAGACCACCUCCACCAAAUCCUAAUACUCCUUACAUAACAAGAAAGAUUAUCUACGAAACAUCAAAUAUAAGCCCAGAGUCGUACACGUCUUACGCGCCAAGAUCUCCCGCUAGAGCACGCAUCAAUCAACCGCCCACUACGCACUACUAUUCCGAAUUACCACCGCAAAGUCGUGCACCACCAAAACCACAACCAACGCCAGAGAGUUAUGCAAGUACUUACCCCAGUUACAGUGGAAGUGAUCCGCGAAGCCAAUCACCUAAACGUCCUUCGUACCUCGGGUCGUACAGUUCGCCGACACGAAAUGAAACAAAAGCUUGGGCUACCCCCACUCCAUCCCAAAUCGGCAAACAGGACAGACCCCCGUGUCCUGGCAGUUGCUCGAGUGGAAAAGGAAAGAUGGACAAACUUUACAACGAUUUCGUUGCCUCUUUGAGAAUUAUCAUUAUAUCAACGUUGAUUAGACGUAAACGUAUGCGGAGUUGCAUGGAACGAAGUCUCAAAUGGAGCCAUCAAGAUAUGGAUUGUAAGGAGAAACGCGCUCAGGAGAAAGCUGCCAAUCAAAUGGAAAACAAUUUCCGAGCGGAAAUAGUCAGUAUUUAUAAUGAUUUAAUGAACAGACGAAAACAACUAUAUCAUGAAAUGAACCAUGAGAAAAACUCAAAAGGUUCCUUGGUUUCCAUCAAUGCUCCGAUAAACAAAAGUGCAAUGUUUGCAAACCCCUUAAAUCAGUCUGAAAUUAAAGAUGACGAGAAAAACAUAGCCAAUGAAUUUACAAAACUUAUAGUUGAAUUAAUCAAUGAAUUCUGUGCGAAAGACAUUGAAUUAGCUGAUGAAUACUCUUCACUGGCAGAGUCUGAUAUAGACAGUGAUACAAUGUCUGCCUACCAUCACGAAUAUAUGAAAUUAACAGAUCAAAUGGAAGAAGACUUUAUUGCCACAUGGGAGAACUACGAAAAUAAUAAAUGCGGUUGUUCUCCAGGGGAAGACUUCAAUGAACUUAUUUUUGAAAUGGGUUUGGCUCUGCAGGAAAUUUUGGCGAAACAGUUUAAAAUAUGCGAGGAACUGGAGAAAAAGCUAGAGGACGAAUGUACCGAGUGUCAAUCGUCAAAAAGUAAAUCAUUCCCACACUCAGAUCGCUUAGAGUUAAACAAUGUUCAUGUGGACAUUAUGAAUGACUUGUGGUAUGCAAUGGAUGCAGUUAAACAAGUGAUGGAACAACGUGACACUGAAGCAACAAUGGAAAACUACGAACCUAUUUUUAGAGCAUUGCUUGCAGUCUUCCGGAAGUGUCAUGCGCAGGUUAAAAUCAUGCUUGAUCAUCACUAUGAAAAACGAAGAGUUCACCAAGUUGAGAAUUUGAGCUCGAUUUUUGUUGAUGAGUGGAUUCGCCUGAGAAAAGAAACAAAUACUGAAAUUAAAACCAUUAUUGAUUCGUUAAACUUCAGUUCUAACUCAAAUAUGACUUGUCAAGAGAGGAGGCUAAAGAAGAUUCAAGAUAUGGAAAAAGCGGAAAUACUUGAUAAGUAUCGUGCGGAUCGAGAUUCGUAUCCAUGUCGUUCAAAAGAUAUUGAAGGCGAUUUGAAUGAACAAUUAGCAGCAUUGCAAAAGAGCCACAGCUCCCAGUGGGACACUAUGCUGUGGAAUAAACUACAGAAAAAAGUUGAGGAAAUCGAAAAAGUUUAUCCUAAAGAAUCCAAAGAGGCGUGUGCGCAAACUUGUACAAAUAGCAAGAAAACAAGUAAAAUGGAAGAAAUUGAAGAAGAUGAUGAAAUUCCUUGUGUAUGUGACCCCAGUGAUAUGGAUGAUGAUAAACCAACUAAAAGUGAUCAUAAUCUUUCUUCGUCAUCAAGUGAUACAAUAGAUAAAGUUUGUUCUAAUACUAGAGGCAGAAGCAGUUCACCUGAUUUAGGCGAGUUGUCAGACAUUGAAGUGAAAGAGAUGAAAGAAUUACAAAAAAACCUCAGACAAUGGCAAUUGGCCCGAAGAAAUUUGUUAGAGUCCAUAAAUCGAGGACUUAAAAAAUAAGAUACAUUGCAGUUAAAUUUGUAACUCGGAGAAUGAGAUAAAAUGUAAAUAACGAUA